AUGAUCCCUUCUCUUCAGAUCAAUUCUAAUGCUGCACUUAUGGAAAAGAUGGAAGAGGAAAAUGUGGUUUUAUCUACUGUAGCGGAUGGUUUUCUUCAGGAGUCGUCCUCUUAUCUUCAUCUAAGUUUUCGUGGGAUAUCAACUGUGGUAUUCCAGAGGACAACUGUUCUGAUUAUGCUACUUCUGUUUCAAUCGUUGUCUCAGUUUAUACUUGAAAUGUACGAGGAACUUAUCAGUCAUCAUGUUAUUAUUCCAAUGUUCCUAACAAUGCUUGUUGGGGCAGGAGGAAAUGCAGGAAAUCAGUCAACUGUUCGGUGUAUCACGGGGUUAGCAACACGUGAAUUCCGGCAAGAGGACUAUCUUUUGGUUUUGCGUAAAGAAAUUGCUUGUGGGCUCAUCAGUUCAUCACUUUUGACUUUGGUUGGCUUUGCCAGAGUAUACUACUUUUACGGGGCUCAGUUUUACUCAACAAUUGCUGUUUCUUUGUCACUUUUUUGCAUUAUAGUGAUUUCAACUCUGUUGGGUACAACUUUACCUUUUUUCUUUAAGUUUGUGGGUAUCAGAAAAGAACACGCAGCGCCAUGUAUUCAAGUUUUGAUGGAUAUUACUGGUGUCUUUAUAACUUGCUUUCUGUGUUCACACACUAUUCCCAAGAGUGAAGGCCGUGCUGACAGUUUAAAUACUGGGAAAAAGAGUGCCUGA